UAGGUUAUUUACAUCAGUCUUCCACAUAAAUUGCUGUGCAAGAUUGGUCUGAAAACCAGUCCUGUGGCAGCUGGGGAUUGAUCCCAAGGUGAGGUAAUCAAUUGAGAGCAACCUUUUGUUUUUCCCACAAUUGUUGUUGUCCAAGAUUGUUCAUUUGUUCCUCCCAAAAAAAAAAAAAAUUUUAAAGAUUGUUCAUAUGUUUUCUAGGUAAAAAUAAAAGAUCUAGUCGUAUAUAUGAGAUUAGUAAUAUUGAUUUGAUUUUAUUAAUUUUGUGUGUUUGAUUUGAAGAGGUAUUGCGAUCACGGACGAAAUUCUUCAGCUUUGUCUUCUUUUUAAAAAAUCAAUCUGAACCCAAGAGCUCGAUUUGUGAAGAUACAAGAAUGUCACAUUCUCCUCCUUCCAUACCAUCAAUUUUUCCAGCAAACAAUUCUUGGUCUGGUGGUUCAGCAUCUAAUGAAACGGUUCCACAAUACUGUCAUUCCAUAUCAUCAAUAUUCCCACCAAACAAGUCUACUGAGAGUUCAGAAUCCAACGAAAGACACCCACAACCACAAUUCUCUAAUUCCAUAUCAUCAAUCUUCCCACCAAACAAGUCUACCGAGAGUUCAGAAUCCAAUGAAAGACCCCCACAACAAUUCUAUUAUUCCACACCCUCAAUCUUUACCCCAAACGAGUCAACAAACAGUCCAGGUUCUCCUUCAAAACUAUCAGACACAUCUACCAAUGAAUCAAUACACAUACACCAGUCUACUUCAACCCGCUUGCCUGAAUUUGAAGAUCUUCAUUUCGGCGAAGUUAAACAUCAUUUUCAACGUGCUGGUAAUAAUGCACGCUCUCCUCUCUCAAUUCAAUCUGAAUAUAACAAUCAGCUUCAAGCUGCACUCCAAAAGCUAAUCGAGGAGGUUCGCCACAGUUGGACCUACGCCAUCAUGUGGGGUUCAUCGUACGACAAUUCUGGCAUGCCCAUUUUGCGAUGGGCUGAUGGAUACUACGAAGGCAACGAUGAUUACCACGUGGAAACCAACGACAGGACUGAGAAGCCAUUGUCAGUGGUGUUAGAGGAACAAGAGAUCCUAGCUUCUGUUACGGAUGAAGAAGAUGUUACCAAUACCGAGUGGUUCUUCUUGAAGUCGAAGACGCAGUGCUUCUUGAACGGCAGUGGCCUUCCAGGCCAAGCUUUUGUCACUUCGAGAUUGGUUUGGGUGGCCGGGUUGGACCAUCUAGCGACCUCGACGUGCAACCGGGCACGAAUGGGUCUGGCUUCCGGGCUCCAAACCAUGGUUUGGUUACCCUCGGCAAAUGGCAUCGUGGAAUUGGGCUCGACUAUGCUAAUUUUCCAAAGCACCGAUAUGAUCAACAAGGAGAUCGUGAUGGGGAAACCUAAUCAACUGAGAGGUGGAGAGCAUGAUGUAUUAACCCAGGAUGAUAGUUUUGAAGAGAUUUAUCAAAUGCUUGCCACUCUGCCACCAAUGACUGAGAAGCAUCAAGCUUGUGCGUCUGAGCAACAAACUCAGGGUGGAGCCUCCCCCACGCUUCCUCCUACUCCAAGAGAUAUAAUCUUGGUUUUGUUCAAGCGAUUUCGUCAGCUAAGCCCACCUGGGUUUAGAGGAACAACUAACCCAUUUAAGGCUGAGGAAUGGAUAAAGAAGAUGGAAAAUGUUUUCAAUACCAUAGGGUGCAUUGAUGAUCAACGUGUAACUUUUGCUACAUUCAUGUUAGAGGGAGAGGAGGUUAACCGAUGGUGGGAAUAUGAACAAAGAUUGAUGAAUGAGGCAGGGGCACAAGUAACAUGGGAGGCAUUCUCAAAGGCAUUUUAUGAUCAUUACUUUCCUGAUAGUAUUCGAGAUCAGUUAGAGUCAAAAUUUCUUAAACUCAUACAAGGGAGCAAGACAGUUAAAGAAUAUGAGAUGAAAUUCUUAGAGCUAGUACGAUAUGCCCCUCAUGUUGCAGAAGAUGAGGAUAGUAAAUGUCGUAGGUUUUAUGAGGGUUUGAGGAAAGACAUUAGGUCACAAAUUAUUCCCUCCAUGUUAAGGGAUUUCACUGUGCUAAUUGAACAAGCUAAGGUGGUAGAGAAAAAUUGUGAUCAUACGCAGGUUCGUGAGUCAAAAAGAAUGAGAUUUUCACGUACUUUACAAUGAGGAGGCCAAAAUGGGAGACAACAUUGUAGUGAUGGGAUCUGCUGAGCGGUGACAGACACUUGUCAUAUUUGUAAAAGGGCUCACCCCUGCAAUGUCUUUUAUACACACAGUACACUCAUCUUUUUUUCUUUUUUCUUUUUUAUUAUUACAGUAGCACUCAUAAAUGUCUCUUGAUUACAAGAGCUUGCUCAGUGUGGUCAAAUUAACCUUUUUGUUCGGCACCAAAACUUUUAGGGAUAGGCUUAAAGGUAAACGGACCAAGGAAUAGAGAGCAUGUAAGUAAUAGAACAAGUAACAAAGCAGGGUUAUCCCUUCGUAGCAGCAGUUAAUUUGUAUUUGUAUAUAUCUUAUCAUUUGAUAGCUAUUUGAUUUGUA